AGGAAGAGUUGAAGUAGCUGGCGGUAAAUGCACCUUUAAGCUGGUUUGCCAGCCGCCAAUAAAAGCAGAAGUAGAAGAAGAAGUGCGUGACGGCGGGCCGUGUCCGUAUGUCUCCCGCUGCUGCGUGUCUCGGUGUCCUGUGCGGGUUACCGGCGGCCGGUAAAUCCCGUCUGGCCCGGGAGCUGCGGGGCACACACACGCGCGGGUGGAGGACGCUGCUCGUGACGUAUGACGAACUGAUACCAGCGCGCGACUGGCAGGAGUGUGAAUGGAAACAGCACAGGAAGACGGUUCUGAUGUGUCUGGAGAGAUUCCUUCAUCAGACUCUCUCCGAUCAGACUCAGACUCACACGCUCUCCGAUCAGACUCAGACUCGCAUGCUCUCCGAUCAGACUCACACUCUCUCUGAGGCUGAUGGAGUCUGGAUGCGGUUUGAGCAGAUGCGGCAGCAGCAGAGCGUCUCUCACACACACUCGCAGCCGCUCGUGGUUCUGCUGGACGAUAACUUCUACUACCAGAGCAUGAGAUACCAGAUCCAGCAGCUGGCCAGGAAGUACGGCGUGGGUUUCUGUCAGGUGUUUCUCCAGUGUCCGCUGCACGUGUGUCUCCAGAGGAACCAGUGCAGAUCUCAGCCUGUUCCUGAUGACGUUCUGCUGCAGAUGUGUGAGCGAAUGGAGCCUCCGAACGAGAUCAGAAACCCCUGGGAGCAGCAGAGCCUGACGCUAGACAGCACAGACGGCAUCGCAGACGGACACGUACAGAAGCUGAAGGACUUGCUGGCGUCUGCGCUGGAAAACCCAUUGAGCCCCGUCCAGGACGAGUCGCAGCAGAAGGAGGCUGACCGACGGAUUUGUGCGUCCAGCGUUCUUCACCAGGCUGAUCAGACGUGCAGACGACUGGUUUCUCAGGCGCUGACAUCAGCUCGCGAAGGCCAGGCGUCUCCAGACGUGCUGAAGGCUCUGGCUAAAGCACUGAACGAGCUGAAGACUGUGUUCCUGCAGGAGCUGAAGAAGGACGUUCUUCAUCGCGUCUCAGUUUUCCCAGAGGAGCCCGUCGAUAUGGAGAAGCUGCUGAUGGACGUGUCUGCGGCGUUCCAGCGACACUCACACGAGAUUGUGUCCAAACACGUGAAACGUGACUGAUUCCUGAUUCCUGAUAAUAAAUUUCUGAUGGACUUGUGAUUGUGCAUAAGAUGUUAUUUUUUAAUAUAAUUUCUGCAAAUGCAUCUGUCCAACGACUGACUGGUUUUCAUUUGGAGAUUCAUUAACAGUUUGUAAUAUUGUUUGUUUUUCUUUACAAAGAUGGAGAUUGCAGUUCUAUAUAUUAAAUUAACAUUAUUAAUGAAUGGCAGAAAUCCAUCAUUUGUCAACAAGGUUUCUAAAUAUCGAGGUUAUUGACAAUACUAAUGUAUGACAGUCACAUUCAUCAUCGCUGAUAGACUGAUCAUUAUUAAAUUGACAUUGAAUUAUUA